AUGUUUUGUAAUUUCAAUCACUUGUUUUUCUGUUCUCUGCUCUCAAUUAAAUUAUUGAAUGCAGUCCGUAUUGUUGGACUAUUUCCUCAAUAUGAUAAUACAUCUGUCCGAAUCUUAAGAUACUACCCGAACGAUGCUUGGACAUUCCAUGCACGAGCUCUAUUUCGUGCAGCAAUAUCCCUUGCUAAUCGAUAUGAAAUCACUAUUGACAAACAACCAAUCACUGGCACUCUCAUCGAAACAAGUGGCGAAGGAAAUGGUUUCACUGAAUUGGAUUUGCUCUGUCGAGAAACAAAAAAAACCGGACAAGCGGAUAUUGUUGGCAUUGUUGGACCAUCUACAUCAACCAAAUCGCGUUUUCUUGGAACAUUUGCUGCACAUAUUGGCAUACCGAUGAUGUCGUACGCUGCAACAAACGCUGAACUGGACGAUCCAAUUUUUUAUCCAACAUUUUAUCGGAUUGUUCCAUCGGAUCUUCUCCUCGCUGAAGCAAUUGUUGAAUUGUUCGAAAAUUUCAACUGGACAACAUGUACAUUGAUUUUUACAAAAGAUGAUUAUGGCUAUGGUGGAUUGAAAAUUCUCUUGGAAAAGUACCAUUUAAAUAUUUCGAUCAAGGAGCGAUUAAUUUUCGAUCCACGGUUUGAUAAGUUUAACGCAAAUAUGAAUGAAACGUUGCGAAAGAGUCAAUCACAGAUUAUACUUGUCUGGGCGAAUGAGAAUCAUUCAAGAAAAAUUGUUCAACGCGCAAUCGAUGAAGGUCUUCUCGAUAGUUCAUUUGUUUGGUUAAUGACCAACAAAGUCCAUAUCAAUUUGCCUAGUGUGCAAGAUGCUCAGAAGUUAGACGGUUUUCUCGCUGUUUUACCAAUCAUAGAUCCGAGUUCCACUGGUGAUAUCAAUGAAGAUUUACAAAAGGAAGCAUUUGACAUUUGGCUUAAUUCUUCGGAAGAUGAAAGUUAUUAUCCACGUGACGAUUCUUUGAUCGAUCCGUAUGCAAUUUACGCAUUUGAUGCAGUUUGGAGUUUAAUCAUUGCAUUGAAUAAAUCGGCACACGAUGGUCAGAUUCCGUCGAUGAAUAUGUCAACACAUUGUUUUGACAAUCAAUUGAUUAAUAAAGACAAAUAUGAAAUGUAUUUGAAAAAUUCAAAGCUUUGGGGUAUUUCAGGAAUGGUCGAAUUCCGAAAGAACGAGUCGAAUGAUCGUAUCAGUAGUGCAUCUUAUGAAUUAGUCAAUAUACAAUCCACGGAAUAUGUGCAUAUUGCAGUUUGGCGUUCAAAUGAUAAAAAAUGGGUAGAUUUCAAUCGUAGUCGUAUCAUCUGGCGAAUUAAUGAUUCAAGUUCGGUGCCAGUUGAUUAUCCACAAUUGAAAGGUGAAUUUGUACGUAUUAUGGUUAUUGAAGCUCCUCCAUUUGUGAUCGUAUGCGAUAGAAAUUCAUCGUUACAUAGUGACUGGUGUUUGAGACCAUUGGAGACAAUCAAUCCGAAUUUUUCCAUUAGCGGAUUUGUCGCUGACUUUAUUCGUCGACUUCAAGAAACUAGCGAGUUUACCUUCAGUAUCGAAAUCGCUGAACCUUCUCAAAGUUAUAAUUCAGUUGUGUCAUUACUAUCAAGAUCUAAUAGAAAUUAUGAUAUGAUCUUAUCGAAUGUUCGCAUCACUUCAGAACGUUUGUUAAAUGUCGCCUAUUCCGUACCGUUUCAUGAAGAGCCAUUUCAAGUCAUUACGCGAUACAAUUCCGAAAUCCCAAUCACACUUUUCUCAUGCUUUUAUCCGUUCACUUGGAGUGUUUGGAUGACAAUAUUAGCGCUGAUCGUCUAUUCUGGCGUUCUAAUUUAUUUCUUCGAAUAUCCAAAUCAAAAAAUUGAAAAUGGCGGAUCGUGUGUGAAGUCAGUAUUUCUUGGCGUUUGCCGCGCACUGUGUAGUGUGUUUAGUGUGAAUACAGAUAUCCGUUUAACAACAAAUCCAAGUCGAUUAACUGUUUUAGGUUUGUAUGCAUUAGGAAUUAUUCUUAUUGCCACUUACACAGCAAAUCUUUCGUCUGUUCUCACAUUAAACCGUGGACGACCGAUUUCCGGUAUAGAUGACAUAAAAAACGGUCGGGUGCCAUUCAGUCGUGUCGGGAUCGUUGCUAACUCUGCUGUACCUGAUUACUAUAUACAAAAUGUUCUAAGUGAUUAUCGUCCUUUAUCGUCGCCCGAAGAAAUCUAUCCUCGUUUGUUGGAUCGUACAAUCGAUGCAGCAAUAUGGGAUGCAUCGGUACUGAAAUUUAAAAUUGAUAGGGAGUAUUGUAAUCAGUUGAGUGUUGUUGGAAGUGAAUUUUUUAGAUCUUCUAUAGGAAUUGUUAUACCGGAAAAGUGGCCAUUUAAAAAGGAUUUAGAUGUUCGUGUUUCGAAAAUGCGUGAAGAAGGAAAACUGGACCAGUUGAGAGUAGAUUGGUUAGAGUCUACACAAUGUUCAUCAAGCGACAUAGCGGGAAAAUUCAAUAACCAGAACAAACAGCUUUCAUUGGAUAUCGUGUCCGGAUUGUUUCUUUCGUUUUUAAUCCUCACCGCUAUCGCUUUUAUCAUUCAUUUAUGGUAUAAUCGAUCAACUAUUAUGCAUAUUUGUUGGCAAAUAGUCAAACGAUGCAAAGUAUUUAUUGAACCGAUCACGAAAAAGACCUACAGAGUCCAAUGA